UUACUGUACCUACGACUAAAACGGUGGCGUUGUGGUGUGGUGUUUGUAAAUUACGUAAAAUUACGGUCAUGUUAUAGUUUCACUACACUAAAUAAAUAUGAUUAAAACAGAAGAAGAAGAUCCUGUCGUGCAGGAGAUCCCUGUGUUUCUGUCGCAGGCAUUAGCACAGAAUCUUUACAUAUAUCAAUAUCCAGUGAGGCCAGCAAAUAGGGACUGGAAAGAUGUGAAAGUAGUGAAUGCGUGCGUUAAGCCUAGAAACAAGAUGGUGCGGCUAGAAGUGGGCUUGGACACGUACAGUGAUAGGUACUGCUCGUCUAAGGGCGAACAGAUCGCGCUUAACACCGAUGGUCAACAGGUACGAGUGAGUUCUUCAUGUUAUGUAGUUAUUUGUUCCUCAGAUUGUAUACGUAUGCCAAAUAUGACGAUAACCAACCAAGUUGUGCGUAACAGUGGUGACAUACCACUGUUAUUACAGCUGAUCACUAUAAAUAACUUCAUUUAGUUGAUUUAGUUUCAAUGUAUCAACCCAUAAACGUACAGAUGCUACAUUUUGAUACAGUAAAAAAAUAAGUAGCAUUUUGUGUUUAUAUUGAUUGUAGAGAAGGACAUGACAUGUCAUAAGUCUGGCAUUCUGUUUUGUAUCUGUCAAUAGAUUUGGAUACGGUGUUUGACAACAUUCAAAAUACUCUACAAAAUAUAGAUAUUUUACGAGACAAUAGUCUAAAGAAUACCACUUCUACUUUAUUUUAACAAAAUAAUGUAUAUUAUUUACAUAUUUCACAAAAUAAAAAUGAAGUUUUUUUAAAUAAUUUCACGUGAAUCGAAACGCUC